AUGCAUUUGUUAUCUGCUGUUCGUGACGAAGUAACCGAACUACGUCAACAAAUUCGAACACUUAAUGACAAAGUGAAUAGUGUUGAACAUGAAAAUGCAUUUCUUCGUCAGCAUGUAUCUAGUGAAAUCUAUGCUCAAUUUAUACCAUUAUUUGUUGGUGUAUCAUCUGCAAAUGAUUUAUCAAAUCCUACGACAACUGUAACGACUACGGCUUCCUCUAUGCCUUCAUCGUCUAUAAUGUCUAGUCAAUCGAUGCCAAUGGCUUUUGUGUCAUCUUUUCCUCCAUCGUUUGCACAACAACCGCCUUUAUCGACUACCUUACAGCCACUACCACCACUACAACAACCACCUUCAUCAACAAAUCUUCCUUCAACUUGA